AUGACGUUAAUUAUGAUUGUAAUGAGAUUAAACAAAUCUGCAGAUGAUCUUGAUGAUGGAAAUGAUGUUGGAAGCAUAGUUAAAGGUUUCCAAAUUAUCAAUAGAUUGUCUCCUUUCUUAUACGAUCUUGCUCGUCUAAAUCCACAGAAUGCCACGUCUGUUAUACAAGGAAUAACCAAAGAAAAGCACGACGACUUUGAGAAAAAUAAGAAGGAAUACCCUGGCCUAGAUACACUUAUUUUUUUCAAAUUGGUUUCUUUGAUAUUUCCAACUUCUGAUUUCAGAUAUCCUGUAACUACUGCCUGUGCAAUAUUUAUGUCUGAAAUACUAUUUAGAUGUCGUAUUAAAAAUAAAAUAGAUAUUUCAAAGGGUCUUUUUAUAUGUACUCUUAUAUUAGAGUAUACGGUAUUAAGUAAACGAUUUGCUCCAUGUGUGAUAAAUUUCUUACACACAAUAAUUUACGUAUCCAGUCCUAAACAUCUAAUUCAAGAUAUAAAAACCAUACCAACGUUUAAAAGAAUCAAACACUCAGGAAAUUCAUUAAUACUAGAUGAAGAUCAAUCUAAGUUAGAUGUUAAUCCAAGUAGUAGUUAUGUGAAAGCGUCCGAUCUGAUAGACGGGCCCUUAGACGAUGAUUUCAAGAUAAGAGCAUUAUUAAUAGCUGUAAAUUUAUUGGAAGAAUUUAAGAUUAUAUUAACGAUGACUUCGGAUAUAACGAAUCGUGAUCGCUAUAUUAGCGUUUCUUAAGAUUCUUAUAAUUUCAUUAAUUAUAAUAAAUGUAAAUAAGCAUUUUCAUAAGAAAAUCUUUUAACUCAUUUCGUUUAUGAAAAUAAUACUGUAAUUGUAUUAUACGGACAUAAUUCACAACACAAAAUAUAGAUUCAAACACAAAAUAAAAUUCUCUCAUCCAAGGCUUAGUUGUCAAGAAAAGCGAAUUCGAAAAUUUAUCAAGUGUACUUGAAUUUGGCUAAUUACUGACUGAAAUAAACAGUCAGGAAAAGGUUAUUCUGCGAAAAUAAAUAGAAAGUGAUAUAAAAUUUUCGAGAAAAUAGAAUUUGAACGUGUUUAGUUAAGAAUUGUCCUAGUGUACAUGUAUAAUAAGUUGUUUUCAAAUUUAUUUUUCUCGGAAACAAAGAAUCUUGUGAAUAAAUUUUAUUCUACAUUUUUGACUUAUUUUCAUAUGUAAAAUAAUCUGAUUAUUUAUUUCUAUCUAGUGUGGAAUUAGUAAUAUUCAAAUAUACUUGACAAAUUCUCAAACUCGAUUUUCGCAAAAACAAAGUGUUGUACGAAAAGAUUUUAUUUUAUAUUUUCUUACUUUUUCAUAAGGAAUCACCUUACGACCGCUUGUAUUAUAUGUACAUAUUUUUCGGCAACACCCUGUACAAACUGAUAGCAUUUUAAGAAUAAAAUGUAUAUAAACAAUAUUAUGUAUAUAUAUAUAUACAUAUAUAAUAAGUGGUUUCUAGAGAUAUAUUUCUUACUAUUUAUACUGUACUUUUUUAAUUAAGUUAUUGUUAUUCUAAAGUGAUUAAAAUGAAUCAAAUAACCAGCUUUUUCCCGAAAACUUGUGAAAUGAAUUAUGUGCAUUUAAAAUUGUAUCUUUGUUCAUCAUAUAUUCUGGUAAAACUAAGCAAGUUUUAAAAUUAUUAUAUAUAUUAUUACAUGGAAUUUGAAUACGCUUAAACUGAAAUUCAUCGCUAUCUGUAAUUUCGCAGACAGGUACUGAUUUCUUUUUUAAAUAAACGAACGAAUGCCAUUUA